CAGAAGCAGCGACACGGGCGCGCAGGCCAUGGUUCUUUGGGGUGUAGCUGCGCUGUCCGUGUUGAGCCCGCUACGCGCUGUGUGGCUCACACUGGAUGUUACUACCGGGCUGGCCCUGCUGCUGCAGUUUGUGCCGCUUGGCUCGCUCCCCAGCAACGCGCUCUUCCAGGACCUGAUCCGCUAUGGGAAAACCAAGCUUGGAGGCCCACCACGUCUGGCUGCCUACCAGCGCUUUGAUGUCCCCAAGAGGUAUUUUUCUCACUUCUACAUCCUCUCAGUGCUGUGGAACGGCUUUCUGCUUUGGUGCCUCAUUCAAUCUCUGUUCUUGGGGGCGCCUUUUCCAAGCUGGCUCCACACUUUACUCAGGAUUCUUGGGGCUGCGCAGUUCCAAGGGGGUGAGCUGGCGCUGUCUGCAUUCUUAGUGUUAGUGUUUCUGUGGCUGCACAGCUUGCGAAGACUCUACGAGUGCCUCUAUGUCAGCGUCUUUUCCAAUACCAUGAUUCAUGUCCUGCAUUACUGUUUUGGAAUUGUCUACUAUGUCUUCGUCGGCCUAACAGUGCUGAGUCAGAUGCCAAUGGACGGCAGGAAUGUCUAUGUAACAGGGAAAAACCUCUUGAUGCAAGCUCGGUGGUUCCAUAUCGUUGGGAUGAUGAUGUUCAUCUGGUCAUCUGUCCAGCAGUAUAAGUGCCACGUCAUUUUUGGCAAUCUCAGGAAAAAUAAAGCAGGAGUGGUCAGUCACUGUAACUACCAAAUCCCUUUUGGAGACUGGUUUGAAUAUGUUUCUUCCCCAAACUACUUCGCAGAGCUGAUGAUCUACAUUUCCAUGGCUGUCACCUUUGGGUUCCUCAACUUAACCUGGUGGCUAGUGGUCAUGUAUGUCUUCUUUCUACAUGCCCUUUUUGCUCUCCUCAACCACAGAUUUUACAAAAAGAUGUUUGCCUCCUAUCCGAAACAUAGGAAAGCUUUCCUACCAUUUCUGUUUUAAGAUUAUCUCAGUAAUGAAGAAUGCAAGCCAGGUGACAAGCUCAAUCCCUAAGGGCAACCAAGUCUACAGACCAAAGUGCAGUUUCUGCAGAACUGUUUGAAAUUCUCUAUUUUUAUACCAAAAAGCCUUCACUGAAUGAGAAAAGCAGUACCCUCAAGGGAAUGAAACUGCGAAGAACUACUUCUGGAAGACCCGGGAAUCCUGUAUCUGCUUUCCGAAAGGCUUUUUAAAACCAACAGACUGCUGAAAACUGGGUGAAACUUCUUGAAGCUAGCUACUUCAAAGCAAACUAAUCAAGAACAUGCAGACAACUUCAGACAUACAGAUGCAGAUGCAGAGGAAGAGGUAAGAUCAUCUGUGGCUUUGUUUUCGUUAGGAACAAGUGAACUGAAUUUCAUGAUAAGGAAUAUAAUAGGUACUCAGUAACUGCUGCAUUUCAGUAAAAACAGAAUAGCUUUUGAAAAUAACAAUAUAUAACUUCGCACCAAAGGAUGCAACGAAUGAUGAGUUACUUGAAGUUAAUUUUUAUUUUCACCUAUUGCCACAAAGAUUUCUAGUUAUGGGAUCAUGACUGUCAUUUCCAUUCACCUACCCCUCAUAUCAUAGCCCAUAGAAUGAAACCUCUUCUAUUUAAUACUUUUUUGCUAUGCCUUAAAAAUGAAAGCAUCUGAAAAUGAAGUAGUUUUCUAUUCCUGUAUCAAAAACCUUCAUGAAUGGAACUGACUUGCAUUCUGGAUUAGAUAGUGCUGUAGUCUAAUUCAUAUGUAAUUAUUCAAAUUGGAUUAAUGUCUGCCUGAGUUUAUUUUAAUGAAUGGAAUCAACGUGGUGUUAUUUAUGAGUAAAAUUUAUACUUAAAAUAUCAUAU